UGUUUUGUCUGUGGUUGGUUACCUAUCGCAGCCUGGAGUGGCAAAAUCCGAUUCAUUGUGCUGUGCUCUUCCCCGCCGCGUGUGCAUCUACUACAGCAAAAGGGAAGCAAACGGAUAUUUCUUGCAGAUUUCUCCUAUUUGUGCCUUUUGGUUUAUUGCCAUUGUAGUUGCUCGUGUUGCUCUAUCCGCGAGGUGUGUGCCGUAGGAUCAAGUCUACUGCUUUUGGUUUGUUUCCAUUGUACCUGUUCGAAUUGCUCUAUCCGCAAGGCGUGUACCAUAGGAUCAAGCCUGCUCAUUUUGAGUUGAAAGAUGGCAUUUGACUUGCUGCCCACACUCCACCCAAAAUCGAAGCACUGGAUAAUUUGUGUGCGUGUUUCGCGCAAAUGGGAAUACCAUGGUGGUACUGACGAUAGACCAAUAUCUCACGUAGAUCUUGUUUUUGUCGAUGAAAAGGGAGAUGCUAUGUAUGCUGAAAUACCAAACUCUGAGGUAGACAGUAAAAGCUCUUUAGUUCAAGAAGGUGCCAUCUACAUAAUCAGCCGUUUUAGAGUAUCAAAGGCUAAGUCUCUAUAUAGGCCAGUUGAUGCACCUUACAUGAUUGAACUUACUUGCUAUACCAAAAUAACUCCAGCAAAGGACAUUGCAGCAACCUUUCCAACAUAUGCUUAUAAGCUCACACCUUUUCUUGAGCUUCCAAAAUACACAGGCAAAAACAGACACUUCUUAGAUGUGCUUGGCAUCAUAACAGAAGUUUCUGACACAACCUCCCUGCAACUUCCAAACCAACCAACUGCUACUAUCAGCAGAAAUGUAAUCCUCAAAGACCUCAGCAAUAUUCAAGUUAAGCUAACCCUAUGGGGCCAACGAGCUAUUGAAUUUAGUAUCAAUGAAAUUUACACUGAAGAAGAACGCAAUCCAAUUGUUGUUCUCAUUGUUGGCAACCUUAUGAAAAGUUUCGCAGGUGAAGAAUACUUGAGUGGAAACGCUGCAUGCCGCUGGUACUUCAAUCCCAUAAUACCAGAGGCUGAGGAGUUUUAUAAGAGCAUUCACAACCAGCAAAUAACAAUCAAGCGUACCACUGCUCCUCCACAUCAAUCAGCACCACAACAACAGCCACUGCAGCUUGAAGAUAAGAGCCUCCAUGAUUUAGACAAAAUGGAUCCAUACGAUUUCCCACCAUGUGGAUACCGCUGCACUGUUACUAUUGUGCGCCUAAUCUUAGACACACCAUGGUGGUUCCCAUUAUGUAAUAGAUGCAGUUGGACCUGUAUACCGAAUGGCGACGGUUACAAAUGCAACACAUGCUCCUGCACUGGCUACCGCUUCAAAUACAAGUUAUGUUUCAUUGCAAAUGAUGGAACCGCUGAAAGUGAAAUGAUAGCUUUCGGUGAAGUUGCUCGUCGUAUUGUUGGUAAACCUGUCCAGCAGGUCCUUAGAGCAUCAAGAUUUGCAAAUGACGCACCACCUGACAUCGCAGCUAUAGUCUCCUUAAAGUUCACAUUUGCAAUUACCUUGACAGAGCAUAGCUACUAUACUCCACAAAAAACAUAUCAAGUCACCUCUGUCAUCACUUCUUAUGGAAGACAGCACACACUUCCAAACAUAAGCUGCAACCAGCCCAAGAACCCACCAGCCUCUCAGACAUCCCAGCCAACCUUUCAGCCACACAACUAUCUUGCCAAUGUACAUUCCAGUUUACCUGAUGCUACUUUCUCACCUGGCGUGAAGACCAGUGCAUCUUCUUCACAGUCAGCAGUUCAAAAAACAGUCACGCAAAGCAUGGCAAUAGACAAUACUCCCCCUCCUUCACUAGAACAUGAUGAAUCCCCAUUGAAGAGAACAACCCCUCUGGAUGCCACAGAUCCACUUAUACAUCCAGCUACUCGGAAAAGACUAUUCGAAGAUGCAACUUCUUCUAAAAAGGACAUUGAACACCAAAAAAACAGCCACAGUGAAACAACCACAGACCCAUCUGAUCCAUUGCCUCACCUAGCAAGUCAAAGAAGUACUUUGCAGCACAUGACACCUAGCACCACGAAAUCAUCAAAAUCGAAGACCACCCAUGUUCUAAAAAAACAACCAGUGAAGCUAACCAGACCGGUGGACACAUCUGACCUUUGCCUUUUGCUACAAGAACAGACCUGCUUUCGUUAUUUUGCCUUUUGUUUAUCUUGUUUUCUUUCUUUACUUCUGUGAAGUUGCUUUUGCACCUAGGUUAGCUCACGUCUUAGCUAACAAUGCCACCAGAUAACAAUGCCACUGAUCCCAAUCAGCAAAACUAUUAACUAAGUAUCCCAAGAGAUGAUAUUGCCAGCAAUCCUCCUAUGACACACUGAUGUAAAAUAACAAACCAGUGAUGCUAUGUAGCAUACUCAACUUAGCUAGCCAGUUAAACACUAUCAUUAUCCCUUCUUUUUUAUUGUCCCUCUCCCCCUCUGCAUCCUGAUAUCAACCAUUGCUAAAUACAUUGCUUUCCUUUUGACAGAUACAAUACAGUAGCACAAUUCACCUUGCUUCACUUUACUACUCUAUCAAUAUGUUUUAUUUGACAAUGGUAAACAACACACACACCCACACAAAUUCCUGUAUAUCUGUACACAUCAUGGAUUCAUCUUAAAAAUUCUGUAUAUCUCUACAGAUCAUGGAUUCAUCUUAACACCAAUCAUAUAGAUUAUCUUACCCUGAUUGACUAUAUUCUCCAUUCUUCUUGUCACUUAUAACUCCAGCUGAACACUAUCAUUAUCCUUUUUUUAACUAUCCCUCCCCCUCCGUAUCCUUAUAUCAGGCAUUGCCAAAUAUAUUACUUUUGUUUUGAGGUAUACAACAGAGUAGCAGAUAUAACACUUAAUUUCCUGUGAUAUUCAACGAUGAUAAACAACACACACCCACACAAAUUCCUGUAUAUCUGUACGCAUCAUGGCUUCAUUUUAAAAUUUCUGUAUAUUUGUGCAAACCAUGGAUACAUAUUAAUAACUAUCACACAGAUUACCUUCCUUUGAUUGACUAUAUUCUCCAUUGUUCUUAUCAUUUAUAACUCCACUUAAACACUAUCAUUAUCCCUUUUUUUAUUAUCCCCCUCGCCCUCUGCAUCCUGAUAUCAACAAUUGGUAAAUACAUUACUUUCAUUUUAACACAUACAACACAGUAGCACAAUUCGCCUUGCUUCACUUUACUCCUCUAUCAGUUUGUUUUCAACAAUAAUUCCCAGGUUUUUUCUAUUCAUCAUACUUU